AUGCCCGUCGCCACCACCUCGGCCGUGCCGCUGCCAGGCGCGUCGAGCGGCAAGCGCAAGCGCAGCGCCUCGCCGUCGGCCGUGCCGGGCGAGGCGCCCGAGGCGGCGGCGCAGACGGGCGCCGCGCUCGCCGCUGCGCUGCGCACCACGUCGCCCGACUCGCUGCGCCUCGCCCUCGCCGCCCUGCGCCGCAGCACGUCGAUCGCCACGCACGAGGAGCUGCCGGCGCCGACGGACGCGCGCGUGCGCCUGGCGCAGGACUUCGUCGACGCCGGCGGCCUCGGCGGCGCGCUGGUACACGACGCCGGCUGGGGCGCCGUCGCCGGCAGCGCCGCCACGCCCGGCCUCUUCGACGCCUGGACGCUGGCCGAGCAGCAGGCGCUGCCGGCGCUGCUGCCGCUGCCGCUCUUUGUGCUGGCGCACCUGCUCGCACUGCUCUCGGCGCACCAGCCGACGCACGCGCUCGGCGACCGCGUCAUUGAGCCGCUGCUGCCGCCCGCCGCCGGCGCCGGCGCCGGGGCGUCGCGCUUCUGGGCCCGCCUGCAGGCCUACCUCGGCAGCGCCGAGAGCAAGAAGGGCAAGGCGCCGCAGGGUACGGCGGGCAAGGACAGCGGCUCCGAGAUGCUCACGCUCGCCACGGUGCGCCUGCUGCUCGAGAUGAGCUCGUUUGCCGGCGGCAAGUACGCGCGGCGCAUCUUCGAGGGCAUCGGCUGGAGCAUGAAGACACUGCCGCGUCUGCUCAACAUGCGCCGCCGUGCGCCGAGCGCCAAGGCCAAGGCUGCCGGCCGCCCGGCUGCUCCCGUGACGCUCUCGCGGCCCGACGUGCGCACGCUCUGGCUGCUCUUCCUGCUCUCCUUUCUGCAUGGCUCCUCCUCGCUCAAGCAGUCGCUUCUCGGGCUCGGCCGCGACUUUCUGCCGGCCGCGAUGAAGGGCCUCUCGCGCGAUCCGCCGCAGAUUGUGCUGCACGUGCUGCAGUCGCUGCAUGAGGGCCUGCUCAGCGAGAAUGCCCGCCUGCCGCGCGCCCGCGUCGUCGGCUUCUUCAACGAGUGGACGUGCAAGGAGAUUGUGGCGCUGUACGAGCGCAGCACCGAGCGCGUAGGCAUCGUCGGCAGCGCAGACGAGCCGCUCAGCGUCGCCGACGUGGCGCACCAUUUCCUGCUCGCGCUCUGCUCGCAUCGCGGCCGCGGCAUCUGCUUUGCCGACCGCGGCUGGUACGGGCGCGCUGAUGCGGUAGACGACGUCGAAGACGGCGAGGCAGCUGCCACAAUCGGCGAGUCGCAGGCCGCACGCGGGCCGCGCAUCCACAACAAGAUCCUGCUCGGCAUCCUGCGCUCGCUCACGCCCACGCGGUCGCUGGCGCAGGGCGAGUUGGCGCUGCAGAUCCUUCACGCCUCGCCGGAGCUCGUCGGACCGUACCUCGAUUCGUCGUCUGGCAGCAUCUCUGCUUCGUCGCUCGAGCCUCGCGCCGCCUCGAGCGCCUGGCUAUGCACGGCGGCGUUCCUUGGUCGGGCGCUUAGUCUGCCGCUGCCGGACUUUCGCCGUGCGGAUGGUGACUCGACUGGCGCAACUGCCUGGCUGGCAGAGCCGCCGCCGCUCGACAGCGUCCUCUCUGCUCUGCUUCCGUGCCCACUCUCGCGCGGUCUUCUUCAGCGCGGCAUCACCCACGCAGACCGCCUGACGCGACAUGCCGCGCUCGCAGUGCUCUCUCGCGUCCUCGACCGGCUCUCGCGCUUCCGAGCGGUGUGCUUAACCGCUGCAGAGCAGAUCGGCGAAGGCGCCGAGGCGCACGACCUGGACGACGACGCUUCUGCCGAGCCGAGCUUCGGCCUCGACGGACACGGCCACUGGACGCGCCGCUGGAAGGAGGUCGAGCGCGAGGCGCGGCGGCGCCUGCCGGAUCUGAGCGCGCUCGUCGGCGGCCUGCAAGCACUAGACGGCCAGAACAAGGGAGAAGCACCAGAAGACGGCGGCGCAACCCAAGAGCAGUCCGGCGCGUCGCCGAGCGAGCUGCUUCUGACAGAGGCGCAUCUCCGCGCCGUGUGGCUGUACCAGACCGUCCUGCCCGGGUCGUCCCUCGACGCCUCACGCCUGGACGUCGGCCGUCUGCUCGUCAACGACUUCAUGGCGCCAGCGACGGACAGCGCGAGCAGCGUCGCUGACAAAGCGGCGGGCAUGCGCAAUCUGUGCCAGCUGCACGCACUGCGCAUCGUGGCGCUCACGACUGGCACGAGCGGCGCGGGCGAGGGUGGCUUCGACCUCUUCGCGCGGGCGUCCUCGUCUGCCUCGUCGCGGUCGUACUUCUGUCUGCUGCUCACGGUCCGCCUCUCGACUGGCCUUGGCCUCGUGCGCGAGGCGUGCGACGACAUCUUUGCCGCAGCGCUCGGCAAGAGCGCUCUCUUCGAACACGACCCGAAUGAGUGGCAGGCGUGGCUGCGUGCUCUGCCACUCGAGGACGCCAGUCCAGCUGGCGAGUCUCUCAGCGAGGAGCAGGCUGCCGUGCUUGUCUUCCUCGACGAGUGCGUGCAGCGCUGUCUCAAGACGCACUACCGCUAUCUGGAGGCUUCACGCCGUCUGCGAGCGGAGCAUUCGCAGUCCUCAAGUAGUCUGACUGCACGGGACGCGGGCAGUGACGACACGGAUCUGGCGGCCAGCCCGCUUCUAAGCACGAUUGCAGAGCAGCUCAGCAUCCGCCUGCGCAAGGGACUGCUCGAUGCGCCAUCCGCCUCUGCGUCCGCACGGGGUCACGCCGAGCGCACGGCCUUGCUGGCGUUUGUCAAUCGCCUGAUGCUUGGCCUCAUCGGCGUCGGUCGGCCGGCCUCGCCUCUAUUGGCGCUGGCUGCUGACCUCCGCGAAGCUGCAGCGGACGACGCGGCAGGCUGUCCGCCGGUCCUCUUCCUCGCUGAUGUGACCGUCUCGCGUCUCGAGGCCAUCGCAAGCGGACCGCGCGAGCAUGGCUUGCGGCCGAGUACAUUAGCAGACACAGACAGCUUUGCCAGCGCUGCGACCACCGCUGAGCUGCGCGCGCGGCUACGACAGGCCGAGCGGCCUCUGGCGUCGACGGCACAUCGCGCUCUUCAAGCUUCCGUGCGGCAUCUCCUUUCCAAGGGAUGCACGGGCGCGCUGCAACUGAUGCGCGAGCUCGACCCGCUACGCGAGCAAGGCGCUCUCGAUGACGAGAUCCGCCUGCAUCUGCCAUCGGAAGCGACUCUCUACGGUCUCGAGUCUGCUGUCCACGACGAUUCGACGGACGCCAGCGAAGCACACAUCUGUGCGGCAAUCGCCGUGUCGCGCUUGCAGACGUGGCCCGCCGAGUGGGUGCUCGCGCAGCUGGCCGCCGCCCUGGGUCAAGCACCCUCUGCACGCCUCGUCCGAGAGGUCUUUGGCAGCCGCGCUCUGCUAGACCACCUGUCGACGGCACAAGCGGACUUCGUCGCGGCCUUGGCAGACCUCCUGUCACUGUCUGACGCGACGGACCCGGCGCAGCGCGGUCAUGCGCUUCCUCUCGCCGAGCGCGCCCUCGAUCUGCUCGCGGACAGUUCUGCAUUCGAAGUCGUCCUUCCGGCGUUCCAAGCACUUGUGCCGCUGCUCCACGCCGACACGCGGCGCCGUGUCACCGCUGCAAUGGUCGAGGUGUUGCGUCAGCGAGACGUGUCCACCAAGCCAGCAGUCGUGCAGGGCGUUGUGCGCAAUCUGCUCGCGCUGCUCGAGAGCGACUCAUCCUUGGCUCUUGCUCUCGAUGGAGCCAUCGAGGCGCUGCUUGGGCUCGUCGCGGCAGCGCCCAUCGCGGCCGCAGACAAUGCGCUGUCGCACAUCUUUGCAGUGCUGUACCGCACGCUUGAAUCUUCGACGGUGCCAGGUCUCGACGGCUCUCGGCGAUCCACGAGGCAGUCGGAGCCCAGGACGACUGUCCAGCUUCCGGCGUUCGCCGUGCCCGUUCGCGCCAUUCUCCAGCGCAGUGGACCGAUCGUAGACGCCACUCUGGCUCUGUUGCUCUAUCGAUGCCCACCGGCCGUGGCGCAGCUGCUCGAAGAGCUGUCGAGAGAGGCCGACUCGGUGCCGGCGCUCGCAAACCUCGCGCGCGCGUUCCCCAGAUCCGUUCUGGCCGCGCUCGACCUGUGCGAGCCUGGCACGGUGCCCGCACCGCUCGUCGAGACUGCGUUGGCAACGCUCGCAGCGCUUGCGUUCGACGCCGAAUCUUCAAUCGCGGUCCCGUCGUCCGCCUCGCUUGCGCUUCUCCGGCGGCAGCUUUCGCCGAACAACAGUGCGCUUGCGCUGUCGAAGGCCCUCUCUGCCGCGAUGCCCGGCAAGGCUUCGCUCGCAUUCCAGCCCGCCGUGUUCAAAAUCGCUGUCAGCCUGAUCGGCGACGAAGCAAGCGAGGUUCGUACUCUGACGCAGCAGCUCAUCGACCAAGGCCUGCUGUGGCUGGUCCGUCGCUUUGCCGAAGAUGCGGAGGACUCUGCUGCUCUCAUCGACGCCGUCGGAAGCUUCUCGGAGCUCGUCAUCAGCGCCGGGCAAAUUGGUGUGCUCCCCAAGCCUCACCUUGCCGAGCCUGUCGUCGAGGCAGCGAUCAAGAACCGAUUGGCAUGCGCGCCGCAGAUGCAGCUCGUUGCGGCGCUGGCUCGCUUUACGCCGUUCAAGACCGCUGUGCGCUCGGCGCAGAUCAGCUCGGUCCUGGCGCAUCCGCUGUUCCGCACCACGACGCAGCCAGGCGAGGCGGAGUCCGACGCGCCGCGGGAGGCUGUCGUCAGCAAGCUCUACCACAGCAUUGCGAGUGAUGCGGCCGCGCUCAGCCGGCCUGCCACCAUCGCUGCACUGCUGCGCAUCUACGGCGCCACGCUGAGCACUGCCGACCGCCGCCUCCUCGAGGUUUUUGGCUGGUUCGAGAAGCAGGAGCGUGCGUCUCUGCUCUCGCUUGCCACGCAGUGGGUGCCGCCGGCGGUUGCGAGCGCGUCCGGUGCGGGCUCGCCGAGCAGCUCUGCCUUCGAUGCCGUCUUGGCCCUCGAGCCUGCGCGCGCCUUUGCUACGUGCGCAGCGUAUCCCCGCGCUCGUUGCGUACAGCACAAGUCGGCCGGCAUGGCCAAGCAGUCCAGUACCGCCGCGAGCGCCGUCUACGAUCCGAUCUGGGUCAUGGCACUCGUUGCCGCGAUGCUGCUGCAGAAGCAGCCGCUCACGGGCCUACAGUGGCUGGCAGUGCUGCGAACGAACGCCCUGGGCGUCAUCGUCUGCACACUGAGCUCGAGAUCCCGCGACGUGCGCGCUGAGGCGCGAGCCAUCCUGGCCCGCGCCCACGCGAGUGUCUCGCGCGCAAACUUCCAGGAGCGCGAGCAUCUUGUGCUGGCGCUGGACGCCCUGCGCGACGCUAUGCCCGUGCAGGACACCACGCCGCUGCCGCUCACGACGACACUAUUCGUUGCGCAUGUGCUGCGCUCGCUCUCGGCGCCCUCGUCGUUUACGUAUCCGAUCUUCAGCCGUUUCCUCCUGCAGCGCGCUGAGCUCGACCUCGGCGACGUGCCGCUGCUCUACAACAUGCUGCUCUCCAGCUCGGACGAGGAGCACCGGCAAGAGCGCGUGUGGAUGCUGCGCUUCCUGCGCGACUGCCUGCGCGCCGGCGGGCGGGCCGAGUGGCGCGUGUUCAAGCGCCGCCACGUCUGGGAGCUCCUGGCCAGCCUGUACACUGCGACGGCGCCUGGCACUGGUGCGCCGACUGACCGCGCCGUGCGCUCCGUCAUCGAGGAGAUCUUCCUCGCCGCCGCGAGCCUGCCGACCGUUGCGUUUGAGCUGCUUCAGAGGCGCGCGCUCAUCUCGUGGGUCGCGCAGCAAGUCUCGAUCGAGCGGGCCGCUUCGGGCGCACGGCGCUUCUGGGUCACGCUUCUCGACACUGCAACGUCUGCCGUCGAUCUCGAGCGUCUCGACCGCGGCACGAGCGGAGCGUGGGCAAGCGCUCUGCUUGAUGCUCUUGCCGGCUGCACGCGUCUGCCAGCGGGAUCCGAGGCUGCAGCGUUGGACGACGCGCGCACGCUGCGCGCCACGGCCAAUGCGCUACGCAACCUGCUCUGCCAGCAGCGCCGGAGCGCUCGCACUCUCGCCCAGGCCGGGCUGCGCCUGCCGCUCGUCGUCGAGCUGCUGAGCACGGUGCUGGCACGACUGUGUGCCGCUCCGCCGGCAGACUCGCUGCACACGCCCGCGGAGCAAGAUGAUAAGGACGCCGGAGUGCACGCCGCUUCAGGCGCACCAUGA